ACAUCACCGUCUAAACUUUUAUUGGGAUACGACCAAAGCAAUCACUCAGAUAAUAAAUUAAUUGAUUACUUUUCAGAUUUGUUAAAAGAUAGUUUUCAAAGUGAUAAUGACCGUGAAACUGCGCGGCAGUUAGCUAUCGACACUACAAAUAAAAUUAAACAUUACAACAAAAUUUAUUAUGAUCUAGCUCAUAAAACUCCGUCUGUAUACAACGCAGGAGACUAUGUAAUGAUUAGAGAUACGUUAGUCAAACCUGGUGAAGACCGAAAAUUUAAAAUACCAUAUAAAGGUCCUUACCUUGUCGAUAAGGUUCUUAAUAAGAAUCGCUAUGUAAUAAAAGAUAUACCUGGUUUCAAUAUAACUCAGCGUCCAUACAAUUCUAUUUUAUCACCGGACAAGCUAAAGCCAUGGGUAAAACCAGUUAUACCAUAA